AUGAGUGGCCUCUGUUUCGAUUUCUCUUUGUAUGCAGCACCAGAUAACACAUUUGCAGGCGUACACUGUCUCUCCUCAAUUCAACUGAUGCUGAAUGAGGAGAACUUGGGGCCCACGCUGUUUAUGUUGCUGCAGCGCCUCCACGAGUCGGUUGUUGAUAUCUUUAGGGACAACGCAAAUCAUGUUUGUGAGCCAUCGUCGCAGGCUCCAAUUCUACUCCUGGAUGCAGCUUGCACCUACAAGACCAUCUUAGCAGGGGCCGAAAGAAUGAACAGUAAAACCGAAGAUUCUGAAGCUGUUCACCUGGCGCUUCGUUUAGGCUUACUUUUUCUAUCCGCAUCGUACGACGAUAAUAUUGGUGCGGCAGGAGUAGGGUCGGUAGAACCAUCACCAUUAUCAUCGCCAUCAGAAGCCGACACGUACCUUUCAAUAAAUAGAUGUAUCAUUGACGGUCUUGAGCGCGUGGCCGGUCUACUGUCGCCUGGAAACCCAACAGAGACGCAGUUACGGGGGGAGCUCGCCAGGGUUGUGCGUUCGCUGGCGUGUUCAGCUGCGCACGAACAAUUACAAUUGGAUUUGACUUCCCCGAGGCAUCCACACCCUACUCAUGGGGUAGAUGCGACGGCAUCCUUUUCGCAGCGUCAGCGUGCCUUGAUAGAGAGUCGACUCCAGUGCGCUCGGUUGCUCGUGGAACGAGGGCUGAAUUGCUGCAGCGAUGCAGAGUAUCUUCUUUCCUCUACUCCCCAGGAUGGUAGCACGCUACAAAGGUUUCUUCUUCAGACGGUUCAGGAGGAGUUCACAACAAUGCGACGCUUAGCGAGCGGUGCACUUGCUGCCUUUUGCGAUUCAUCAGACAGCCCUGCGACGUCUCUUGCUGCUGCAGAAGACAUUAGUGGUGCUACGAGCUCCUUCCACUUUUACGCACCCUUGGCAUUGUGUUGUGGCGGGUCCGCUGCGCGCCACGGGCGGAGUUCGUCGACGGCGUCCGCGUCGGCGUUGUCAACGGGAUGCAUAACGCCGCGCUCGCGCCAUGCCGGAGACGACGGCGGUUGGC